ACAUCGUCCUCGAAUCUUUUCUUCUCAGUCUUCCGUGACGUAUGAUUGGGUGUGGAAUACUCGUGAUACCAAGAAGAAAACAUCUCCUGAGAAAUUGAUUAUUUCGUGCAAGUCACAUGAGUAAAGUUUUCCAACAUAUCUGCUUGCAUCCGGGUGUUUGCUAUUUCAACAUUCCACCGUAAACUUUCCUGGAGAAAGUCAGAGGUACCGCCAACACUGAUCCAAGCGAAAAACGGAGCAUCUUUAUUUCGUUUACUUUACAUUUUGCGCAAGGUUGAACGGCGGCCAUCCAAAAUCUCAUCUACGUUUUUCUUCUUCAGUCUCAAAACCAUGACGAAGAAAAAGAUAGCCGUGCAAUUAUAUCCUUCAUUUAUGCUUGUCACGUUGAUAAUAAUCAGCGUGGUAUCUGUUGUGCCAUCCCAACCGAAUUUAACGGCUGUUACCGUAAAUCAUGGUCCUUGGGCAGAAAUCCUCGAAAAUUGGAUCACCCUUCAGUCCAACAAUUCUCGUGCCGCGCGAGUGAUGAAGAUUGAUGAUAAGACUGUGACAGUAUCUAAAAUUGUUACAUCAAAUAAAAGAGACGUCUCUGAAACCGAUCUUUAUCUACUUGGCGCCAUUGAGAAAUUGGUAUACAGAGUGGAUUAUCUAGAAAAACGAGUAAGAAGAGCAGAAGAAUUGUUGUACUAUGUUAUUGCUGGAAAUAAUAAAUUGAAAGAACCUUGUCCUGCCAAUUACACGAGAAUGGGCCAAAACUGCUAUCAUUUCAGUAAUCGUGAUUUCAACUGGAAAUCAUCGGCCAGUCUCUGCCGCGGUAUGGGUGGACACUUAGUCGAAUUCGACACGAUCGAGGAGAGCCAAGAUGUAAUCGCGGGUUUGAUGUCGGACGGCAGAUUGAAGGGCAAAAAUUUCUGGACAGGUGGCUUAAAUCCAGGACUUUUAUGGAUCUGGGCCAGCAGUGCUAGACCAGUUCACCAAGAUACUAAACAGACCGUCAUCGGUGAUGGGAGAUGUCUAAAGUUAACUUUCAACGCAUCAUCGAAAAUUUAUUCGUAUAGAGGUGAAGAUUGCGGUUCGAGACAAAGAUAUAUCUGCGAAUUAACGGUCGAUGACGAAUCGGCAAACAGAAUUGAAAGAACGGCACGGUUAUUAAUUAAUAAAAAUGAUUAGACACAUUUUAAUAGUGGAUAAAGAUAGAAUAAUAAAACAAACACGAGGAAUUAUUUAUAAGUAUAUUUUUAUAAAUUCAUGUAAUAUUUUCAGAAAUUU